AUGAGCACUAAAUCUAACGAUGAUAUACAGAUUCAGGACGACAUUACGCAAGUUAAAAAAAAAAAAAAAAAAAAAAAAAAAAAAAUCAUAAUAAAUGUACGAAAAAAAGUUCUACGAAAAGAAGAAAAGAUAUCAGAAAUUAUCAUAAAUUCUAAUAGUUUUAGCGAGGAUCUGACGGCCAGUCAAAAAAGAAAAAGUGUCUCACGCAGAAAUGGCGUUCGUAGGGAGACUAACCAAAAGGAGUACUUCAAGGAUUCAAACAAAGUUCGGUUUUUUGAUCGGGAUUAUGACAUAGACAAGGUAACAUUUGAGAAAAAAAGAAAAAUAAGAGUAAAAUAA